AUGCACAUCUACAUCACCGGCAGCACCGGCCGCAACGGCAAACUCACCCUCCAAGCCGCCCUCGCCAACAACCACACCGUCACCGCACUUGUCCGCAACCCAUCCUCACUCACCCCCCACCCAAACCUCACCAUCGUCCAAGGAACACCAACAUCCCAAGCAGACGUCCAAAGGGCGCUCACCACCCCCCAACUUCCCCAGGCAAUAAUAUCAACUCUCAGUCUACGACGCACAUCCGACAGCCCCUUUGCGGCCCUGUCACCAGACUCUCCAGCCGACUUUCUCGAAUCGACCAUGGAAACACUCAUAGCAGCCGUCAAAUCAACGUUUCCCGCAUCAAAAUUACCCAAAAUCAUUGUCAAUUCGUCCAUGGGCGCGGGGUCCUCGGAGCCGGCCAUGUCCAUGCCCAUUCGGUUCAUUUUCAAACACACCGCCAUGCGGUUUACCCUCCAGGGCCACAAUAACAUGGAUGAGAUUGUUCGACAGAGUGGUCUUACGUUCGUGUUAGCCCGUGCGGCGAGGCUGGUCGAUGGACAGGAAGCCGGGGAUUUGGAGGCCUUGAGCGAUGAUGGUAAAGGAUGUGGGUGGAAUCCGACUACGAAUAGAGGCGCUUUGGGGAGGUGGAUGGUUGAGGCGGCUGAGACGGACACUUGGGAUGGUAAAUCGCCUGUCCUUAUUGACUAG